AUGGCUAUAAAAGGGCUCAGAACCGAGGAGGUACCCCCAGAGCUUCCUAGUUCCCCAACUUCAGCCAUAACAACCAACAACCAACCAAACACCCACCCAGUCAUCAAGCCUACCUUCGUCAUGUCCGUCAACACCGAGGUCCUCGCCAACCAGCACUGCGGUGCCUCCUCUUGCAACUGCGGCACUACCGGUGCUGAUGGCGAGACGACUACAGCUGCGCGUGCAAGCCCGGCGAAUGCAAGUGCUGAACGCAUCGUCCAAGCGUCCAUAUCCCUAAUGUAA